AUGAUUACUACCGUGAAGAGUGCCAAGGCAGCUCGGGUUAUGCUUCCAGGGGGUGAAAUCCGGCAGUUUCGCGAGCCAGUGAAGGCUGCUGAGCUUAUGCUAGAGUCACCAAACUUCUUCUUAGUAAAUUCCAAGUCUUUAACCAUGGGCAGAAGAUUUUCACCUCUAUCUGCAGAUGAAGACCUGGAGUUUGGCAAUUUGUACCUUAUGUUUCCAAUGAAAAAGGUAAAUUCAGUAGUCACUGCGGCUGACAUAUCGGUGUUUCUGAUGGCGGCGAACACCGCGCCUAAGCGGAUAGCCGGUGGCAACAUCAUCAGAAUAUCGCCGGAAGUGUUGGCGCAGCCCGCAGUAUCGGGCGAUAACCCAAGUGAGAAUGAGACGGGACGGUCGGGAUUUAAUUUAGAAGUUGUAGAAGGGUUCCCUACAGCAGAGUACAAGUAUAGGCACUCGGUAUGCAGAUCAAGAAAGCCAUUGUUGGAUACAAUUACAGAAGAACCAGUCAGUGCAAGAUGA